UAGAACUAAUAAUAUAAUAUUUUCUGCUUAUCAGGAGCUUACUUAUUCUGUAUCUUCCACUAUUAAGCCACAAAUAGACAAAAAGAGACUACAAAGUAGUUGGGAGAAAAAAAUUACCAAGUUUAUGCAUUAGAUUUAUAAACCUUAAGAACUAUAAGAGUAAAUGGGUCCAAUAAUUGGAAUGACUCCAGAAAAGAGAGCUGAAACUCCAGGAGCUGAAAAGGUUGCAGGAUUAAGCCAGAUUUACAAAAUGGGAAGCUUGCCUGAAGCUGUUGAUGCUGCCAGGCCAAAGGCCACUCUAAUGGACUGUGAAUCAGCAGAUGAUGAGCUCACAAACUUGAACUGGCUUCAUGAAAGUACUAAUCUUCUAACAAACUUCAGCUUUGGAAGUGAGGGUCUUCCAAUUGUUAGUCCUUUGUAUGACAUAGAGGGAGAUGAUAUGCCAUCAUUAGGACCAUCUUGCUACCAGAACCCAGAAAAAAAAUCAGCAACUUCAAAGCCCCCAUACUCUUUUAGUCUUCUCAUUUAUAUGGCUAUAGAGCAUUCUCCAAAUAAAUGUCUGCCUGUCAAAGAAAUUUAUAGCUGGAUUCUGGACCGCUUCCCAUAUUUUGCUACUGCACCAACAGGCUGGAAGAAUUCUGUUCGACAUAAUCUGUCCCUGAAUAAAUGUUUUCAGAAAGUGGAAAGAAGCCAUGGCAAGGUUAAUGGGAAAGGUUCCUUAUGGUGUGUUGAUCCAGAAUAUAAACCCAACCUUAUGCAAGCUCUGAAGAAGCAACCUUUCCCUUCAGCAUUAACAUCUCCAGAAAGUGGCUCUUUAUCACCUCACUACUUAAGCUCUGUACUCAAGCAGAAUCAGGUGCAAACCCUCAAAGAAUCUGAUAUUGAUGCUGCCACUGCAAUGAUGCUCUUAAAUACUUCUAUAGAACAAGGAAUUCUAGAAUGUGAGAAGCCUCUUUCUCUUAAAACAGCAAUGCAGAAAAAAAGGAGUUAUGGCAAUGCAUUUAAUCAUCGCAGUGCUAUGCGAUUACAAGAGAGUGAUUCUUUAGCUACCAGCAUUGAUCCAAAAGAAGACCACAAUUACAGUGCAAAUAGCAUGGCAGCACAGCGUUGCGCAUCCAGGUCUAGCGUGUCUUCUCUGUCUUCUGUGGAUGAAGUAUAUGAAUUUAUCCCAAAGAGUAGUCAUGUGGGAAGUGAUGGCAGUGAAGGAUUUCACAGUGAAGAAGAUACAGAUGUUGAUUACGAAGAUGAUCCUCUUGGAGACAGUGGCUAUGUAUCACAGCCUUGUGCAGAUAACUCUGCAAAGGGGCAGCCAGGCAAAAAGAUGCGAAAAAUGUCAUGUCAGGAAAUUGAUGAGGAGCUCAAAGAGGCAGCUGGGUCUCUACUCCACCUUGCUGGAAUUCGUACAUGUCUGGGUUCCCUAAUAAGUACUGCAAAGACACAAAAUCAAAAGCAGCGGAAAAAAUAGAAAUACCUGUUAGUGUGAAAUUAUUUUAAAAUGUGGCAAUACUGUUCUACUUAAUUCUUUACAAGGGAUAUCAAAGCCAUAUGGACUUAUUUUUGUUUUCGGGGAGGGGAGGGAGGGGAUGCUAAUUGUUUAUUUCAAAGCAUUUUUGUUUGUUUUUUAAUUUUCAUUAAAUAAUUGCUAUUAGGAUCAUGCCCAACCAUAAAUAUGAUUUGAACUCCUAAAAGCAUAAUUUUUGUGAUGUGUUUCUAAGAUUUUUGAAAUUUUUAUACAAGAAAAUCCAUAGCUUCUAUCUGAAACUUGUAGGAGAAAUCUUUUAUUCUCUUUUUAUGCCAAAAUGUAAUAAUUGGCAACUCCGUUUUCUUUUUCAGUCUGUAAUCAACUGCUGAUGUAGCUAAAAAUUUUGCUCAGUCUCUCACAUACUCCUCUCCUGACACAUGCAACCCAGUAGGAUAAUAUUUGGAUUUUUAAUUUUGUCUUAAUUUUUGUUUUUAAUUUUUUUUGUUGAAGCAUGACAAAGUUGAAUAUAAAUUAGAAAAGACCCUAGAUGCCUAGAAUAUUCCUUUUGGUUACAUAGGCAGAGAGUACAGCAAAGAUUUAUAAGAUGUAGAAAAGGCCAUUUUGUGAUGUAAUUUCAUUUAAAAGCACUCCAAUUCCUAUUAUAAUAUCUUUGAAAUUUUUUUUACUUUCCAAAAACUUUAGCAUUUACUGAAUUCUUCUUUCCCAGAGUGCAUUGCAACCAUUGUUUAAAUAUUAGCCACUAGCUAUCUUUGUUGAGUAGAAACUAUCCAAUGAGAGGAUAUAGCCAUAGAAUGUGUUAUGGAUUAACACCCAUUUUGACACACUUGCAAUAAGAGAAUCUUUUUGUUUGCUUGUUAAAUGUACUGCAUUCUAGAAAUCUUGUAGUACAAAUGGAGUGUAUUCUAGUGCAAAUAUUUUGAAUAUUACAUCAUUAUAAAUAAAGGUAGAUCAUUUAGGAAAGAAAAUCCGUUCAAGCUUUGUAUGACUUAAAUGUGUAUGUAUACCCAAUUAAAAAGGGUGUAACAAAACUACAGAGACAAAAUACCUUCAUGGAUCUCAAAAUUUAUAUGAAAUUAAAUCUUGCACAUUAUACCCUUUUGAGAAGGCUGUAUAAUACCUAUUAUGUGCCAUUAAUCCAUGCCUAAAUAUUUUAUAUUACAGUUCCAAAUGUGCAUUGACUAAGGCAUUUUAAGUAUUUGAACAAAUCUGCUUGUAUGAGACAUUUUUUCAUAUCAUUUGUAUAGUUUGACUAUAUUAUUCAGAAGGUAUAAGGGAUGGUAAUAAAAGUAAACUUAUUCAUUAUAUAUAUCUUUUUAGAAUGACAGAAGCAACUUUCCAACAUCUUGUUUCAUAGUGAUCUUGUUUUCAUUUUCUGAUAAUUUCAUAUAUAUGUAUAUACAUUUAUACACACACAUAGGUUUAUGAUUUUGAUUUGUUACUUUGAGCUAUUUCUAUGACUACAAAGCGUUUUUUGGAUUUUUUUAAGAGAUAAAUAUUUUAACUUCUAAAUUUUAUUAGGGCAAAACUGUCAUCUGUUCUGUUUCUUUUUUGUUGUUGUUGUUCUGUUUCUAUGUUAAUUGUAAUUGAACCUGGAUAGCUACAUUAAUAGAAUCGGUGCUGUUGAAAUUUAGUAAUUUUUAAAUUUGCUAAUAAUGAAAAAUAGUCCUUAAGUAUGCAGGAUAAGGUAUUUGGAUUUUUCUUCAUAUAUGUCACAUCUACUACAGAAAGUGGCUAACUCAAGUUGACACUUUUUACUGUAGACAGUGAGUAUUAACACCAAAAAUUGCUUUACCACAGUAUAAAAUAGUACAGAUUAUAAAACAUCAUUUUAGUAACAAUGUUUCUAAACCAUUUACCAUGGCCCUCUCGAUAGACUUUAGUAACAGUGUUUCAAUGACCUGAUUCCAGUUCAUUUUGUUCUACUGAAAUUCUUUUUUUAAAAUAUGUUUUUAUUGAUUU